UUGUGCUCGAGUUUUAUCCCUAUGGCCCGUACCAAGCAGACUGCCCGCAAGUCGACCGGGGGCAAAGCCCCGAGGAAGCAGCUGGCCACCAAGGCUGCCCGAAAGAGCGCCCCGGCCACCGGUGGUGUGAAGAAGCCUCACCGCUACCGGCCAGGUACCGUGGCCCUGCGGGAGAUUCGGCGCUACCAGAAGUCCACCGAGCUACUUAUCCGCAAGCUGCCGUUCCAGCGGCUGGUGCGCGAGAUCGCGCAGGACUUCAAGACCGACCUGCGCUUCCAGAGCUCGGCGGUGAUGGCGUUGCAGGAGGCCAGCGAGGCCUACCUGGUGGGGCUGUUUGAAGACACGAACCUGUGCGCCAUCCACGCCAAACGCGUGACCAUCAUGCCCAAGGACAUCCAGCUGGCCCGCCGCAUCCGCGGAGAGCGGGCUUAAGUUAAACUGCGCGCUCACCUCGAAGUUCCAUCGUAUCCAAAGGCUCUUUUCAGAGC